UGUCGUCGGCAGUCACAACAUCAUAUUGAUACAGUACUACUUGAAAUGCACGUGUUCAUUCUCAAAUAUUGUAAAUAAGUAUUUCAUCAUGUUAUCGACAUCUCAAGUUCUAAAUCUUCCCGUCAAAGACAACAAAUUUAUCGUUGUGGAUGAAGAUGUUAAUGCAGCAUAUGCAGAUUAUUUAAUCAUAGCAUGGUUACAGCAAAUGAAAAAAAACAAUGACCAGCGAUCUGUACAAAUAUUAUUGUUUUCUAAGCCAAGUCAAACUCUGCAAAAAAUCUUUGAAAGUUCUCAAAUAAAAAAUUAUCAUGUGAUAGAUUUCUUCAAAUUGACUGAAGAAAAAGAUAUAUACCAAUCGUGUGUUAAUACUGUAGCACAGAAUUUAAAUUCAAUUUUUGUGAUUAAUUGUUUAAGUACAUUAGCAUUACAAAUAGGUACGGCCAAGGCAUGCCAAUUUGUAGAAAAAUUAUCUCAGAAUCAAAAAUUGACUGUAUUUUGUAUCUACAAGAGAGAUAUAAAACAAAAUAUUCCAAGGAUAGAGUCAUUAGGAAGUGUAUAUAUUAAGCUUAAAAAAUCAAAAAAAGUUACUGUGCAUUCAAAAAUUAACUAUGAAGUUAGUGUUGUCAAUAAAAAACUAGGUGGAAGUGUUGUUCAAUGGAAUGAAUCAAUUCAGCAAAGUGUUUUAGAUUUUACUUUUACAUCUACAAUAAUACCAAAUACUAGUGUUAAAGCAGAAAAGUAUACUCCACCAACAGUGUCAACUAAAUCUUUAACUACAUUCAAAAUCGAAAUGAGUGAACAAGAAAUGAAACAAAGAGACAGUGUGCCACUGCCAUACACUUUGAUGAAUAAAGUUGGUGGAGAUAUUAUCUAUAUUCCAGAUGAUAAUGAUGAUUAUGAUGAAGAAGAUCCUGAUGAAGAUUUAGAUUUUUGAUAAUUGAAAAAGAAUUCAGAGUUUUCUGUCUUGUAUUUAUUGUGAGUUAAUAAAAAUAUAAUUGUCACUAGAUAA